AUGGCACAGUGGAUUCUGCUCAUUGUAGCUUUCCUGGUCCUGGGUCAUGUGCCACCAGGAAGCAGUGAAUUCAAAAAGUGCUGGAAUGGCCAAGGGGCCUGCCGAACUUACUGCGCGAGGCAGGAAACCUACAUGCACCUGUGUCCCGACGCGUCCCUGUGCUGCCUUUCCUACACGUACCAGCCUCCACCAGCCUCCAAGACCAGAGAGGACUAA